AUGUAAAAUCAAUAAACAGUCCUUAACAACUAGCUUUUAUUUUCCUCAUGGAGCUUCAGAGGCAUAUUUGCCUCCUCUUGUUUCUCUUUAGUCUCUUCUCAUGCUCCCAUGCCUACACAUUCUAUGUUGGUGGAAAAGAUGGAUGGGUUUUGAACCCUUUUGAGAAUUACAAUCAAUGGACUCAAAGGAACAGGUUCCAAGUCAGUGACUCUCUUGUUUUCAAGUACAAGAAGGGUUCAGAUGCGGUAUUGGAGGUGAACAAGGAGGAUUAUGAAAAAUGCAACAAGAAGAACCCGAUCAAGAAGUUUGAGGAUGGUGACUCAGUGUUCCAGCUUGAUCGAUCGGGUCCUUUUUACUUCAUCAGUGGUAAAGAUGGAAAUUGUGAAAAGGGUCAGAAACUUAUUGUUGUAGUCAUGGCUGUGAGAGAACAACAGCAUCAUAACCCACCUCCAUAUUCUCCAACACCUCCAACAACACCUUCCCCUAUCUAUCAUCCUCCUUAUGUUCCAACACCUCCAAAAACUCCUCCACCUAUCAAUGAGCCUCCUUAUGUCCCAACACCUCCACAGACUCCUUCUCCUCCAGUGUAUCAUCCUCCUUAUGUUCCAACUCCACCAAAAGCUCCUUCACCUGUUAAUCAGCCUCCUUAUGCUCCAAAACCACCUCAAACUCCUUCCCCUGUAUAUCAUCCUCCCAAUGUUCCAACUCCUCCAGUCUAUAAUCCUCCCAAUGUCCCAACUCCUCCAAAAGCUCCAUCUCCGGUUAAUCAUCCUCCCUAUGUUCCCACACCUCCACAAAAUCCUUCCCCUAUUCAUAAUCCACCCUAUUUUCCAACACCUCCAAAAACACCUUCUCCUGUUUAUAGUCCACCCAAUGUUCCAACCCCUCCAAAAACACCUUCUCCAGUUAACAGUCCACCCAAUAUUCCUGUUCCUCCGAAAGCUCCUUCUCCUAUUAACCAUCCACCCUAUGUUCCAACACCUCCAAAAACACCUUCUCCAAUUUACAGUCCACCCAAUGUUCCCACUCCUCCAAAAGCUCCUUCUCCUAUUAACCAUCCACCCUAUGUUCCAACACCUCCAAAAACACCUUCUCCUGUUUACAGUCCACCCAAUGUUCCCACUCCUCCAAAAUCUCCUUCUCCUAUUAACCAUCCACCCUAUGUUCCAACACCUCCAAACACUCCCUCUCCUGUUUAUAGUCCUCCCAAUGUUCCUACUCCUCCAAAAGCUCCAUCCCCUGGCAAUCAGUCUCCCUAUGUUCCAACACCUCCAAAUACUCCUUCUCCUGUUUAUAGUCCUCCCAAUGUUCCUGUUCCUCCCAAAGCUCCUUCCCCUAUUAAUUAUCCACCUCAUAUUCCAACACCUCCAAAAACACCUUCUCCUGUUUAUAAUAGUCCUCCAAAUGUUCCUUCUCCUCCAAAAGCUCCUACCCCAGGAAAUCAACCACCCUAUGUUCCAGCCCCAAAAACUCCCUCUCCCAUUUCUCAACCUCCCUAUGUUCCAAAAACUCCUUCCCCUGUCAAUCAACCACCCUAUGCUCCAAAACCUCCAACAACUCCUUCUCCAAUUUCUCAGCCUCCCUAUGUACCAACACCCCCAAAAACUCCUUCCCCUGUCAACCAACCACCCUACAUUCCAACACCUCCAAAAACCCCUUCUCCUAUUUCUCAACCUCCCUACAUUCCAACUCCAAAAACCCCUUCCCCCAUGAAUCAACCACCAUAUGUUGCAGCACCUCCAAAUACUCCUACCCCUAUCAAUCAACCACCCUAUGUUUCAACACCUCCAAAUACCCAUUCUCCAAUUUCUCAACCUCCUUACAUCAUUCCAACACCUCCAAAAACCCCAUCCCCCAUGAAUCAACCACCCUAUGUUUCAACACCUCCAAAUACCCAUUCUCCCAUUUCUCAACCUCCUUACAUCAUUCCAACACCUCCAAAAUCCCCUUCCCCCAUGAAUCAACCUCCAUAUAUUGCAACACCUCCAAACACUCAUUCUCCAAUUUCUCAACCACCCUCUUACAUUCCAAACCCUCCAAAAUCCAAUUCCCCUAUCUCUCAAUCCCCAUUACCUCAAACACCAAUUUCACCAUCUCCAUUCACACCAGCAUCAUCACCAUAUCCAUCAAGGUCCCUCCCGCCAUCUCAACCACCUUCAGUUUCAACUGCACCAACCUACGCACCUUCGCUCCUCCCUCCGGCGAGUUCUCCUGUGCCGGCCACAGUAUCACCACCAUCGCUUUCCCCAUCGACCACCGCUCCAGCCGCGUCUCCGGGAGCAGCAACUCUAUCGCCGUCAGGAUCGCCCCAAACGACAUCGUCUAGUCCCGCCCCUUCCAUAACGCCGUCGUCGUCUAACGAAACGACACCAGCCGGGUCAAACGGCGGCAUUGUGUCGUCGUCUGCAUGGGCUUCAACUACUUCAGGGUUAUGGGCGUAUUCUAUUACCAUUUUAGUUGGUGCUGCUCUAAGCACUAUUCUUGGGUAGAAAACGAGACAUUAUUAUUAUUGUUAUUAUUAUUUAUUUUUUCAGUUUUGAUAUAAUUUGUGAACAUUUUAAAAUUUUGUUUUUGUAAUAUUGUUAUUUGGACAUAAGAGAUCCAAUCUCAUAAUUAAUUGUAUGUAUAA